AUGCCUCGGAAACCGACGCCUGCGGGAAAGCAGAGGGUGAGGACGGGCUGUCUAACCUGCCGGAAAAGACGACGAAAAUGUGAUGAACAGAAGCCGCGAUGUGCCAACUGUGAGGUGAAAGGCUUCACUUGCAAGUAUGGUGCUGAUUUAGCCUUUGUGCCGCCUCGGUCGGGGGAUGCUGGUGUUGGGGGGAGACAGGUGUAUGGCACCAUCACGUUCGUGGACGACUCGCCAGCUGCACGCGCAGCAGCGAAAGAGAAAUCUCAACAGCUCAGUGACCGCGCAUCGGAACUACGAGCCAGUAGCUACGCAAAAUCAGAGAUUUCCAAUCCUGGAGAUGCAACUGUAUAUCACGACCUGCCCGAAACUCGCACUGCUCUUGACUUUAACCACAUUCUCACCUCAAACGUGCCCGUCGAGUCGCAUCAAGGACCUUCGUCAUUCCAACCCCUUAAGUCGUUCAAUCAGGGUGUUCCCCGACUCCUUGGUCAGAUAUCAUCUCGAACGACAACAUUAUCGAGCAGCAAUCAUGAAACAGACCUUCUCCGACAUUUUCGCUAUCACAUUGGCCCUUGGAUCGAUGUCGGAGAUCCCGACUGCGCUCUGGGAAUUCAAGUCCUCCUACUUUCUCGAACAAACCGGCCUUUGCAGGCAGCGAUACUCGCUUUAGCUGCCACCCAACGGCCACUUAUUUCCGUUCCGUCACAUAUCGACGAUCUAGAUAGCAGCCUGCGCUUUCGAGGCGAGGCAGAAGACUGUCUUGACCUAGAAUCACAAGUGAUCGGGCAUGCUGGACAGGUACUGCUACUUCUCCAAGAUCUUCUACCGUCCGGGCUACAGCUUUGGAGGAACAUUCUCGUACCGCACAUACAGUCCCCUGGUGGCCUGCUACACCCGGCCGCCUUGGAAGAGGAGCUAGGAGAGGGAGUCUUCUGGCUCCAUUUCAGACUCGACCUGGCAGCUUCGAUCCUCACCGCGAAACAACCAAUCAUUCCCUUCCAAUCCUACCUCAACCGCGACGGUUCACCAAUUCAAAUACCCCGCCCUCUUCGACCACGCUCCAUCAAUCAAGUCUACAAGCAUGCACUAUGUCUGCUCGGUCAUUGCCUGUCCCUCAUCUAUGGUGGCCCCGACGUAUCACUUCCCCAAACCGCUACCCCUUCAGAAUUCGCAGCAUUCCCUGCCCUUCAACAAUCUCAUUUUUUGUCACAAUGGACAUUUCUCUGGAGCGACUGCCAGAAAUGGUAUAACGAGCGCCCGAUUGACGCACAACAGAUUGUGGAUGUCCGCGGUGGCGAAGCAGACAAGAUCGAUCCAAAUCAUGACUCAGCCCUGCCAAUCCUGAUCUACACUACACCCAUGGCGCUGGUCGCCAAUGCUGUGUAUCACAUCACAUCGCUUCUGCUCUUGGGGCACAAACCUCGACUACUAAAAUCUUUACCGGGGCCACGCUGCUUUACGUCGCACAUCUGGCACGCACAAUCAAUUGCGGGCAUCGCAGCGAGCAAUGAGUCACCCGAGCAAUGGGAUCCUGUUCUCGUUGCUAGUCUCCUACUGAUUGCACGAGAUAUGACCCACCAGUCACAGCAGGCAGUGUUGAUGGGAAUAUUCCGCAAGAUCACAGCUACGACUGGGAUCAAAUUGGACCACGAGACAGAAGCGCUUCAAUCUGGGUGGAAAAUUGCACGAUUUGACGAGGAUUCGGAUGAUAUGUAUAUGUAA